CAUUUAUUAGUUGAUGGAAAGAGGCUAAAAACAAGAGUGACAACAGUGACUAUUAUAUAUUAAGUGACCAGUGUUAAUAGAAAAACACAUGUGAUACAAAGAUUAUCAAGCUAGAAAACCAUACAUUUGAGUAAUCAAUCAAUCUGGAAAGAUAACAGUGAUUUAAAGAUAGCAGAGUGAGAACUUGCUCAGCUAAUUAAUUCAGUGGAUGCUGGGUUUCUGAACAGUGUCCUUUUGUCUCUUUCUAACAUCUUGUGGUCGUCAUGUCUGCUGCUGCCAAGAACCUGUACGGAGUGUUCCCAAUCUAUAAACCUGCUGGUUGUUCAACUUCUUCGAUACUAAAGAAGAUAAAAUCGAAUCUAGGCACCGAUAAGAUAGCACAUUCCGGAGCGCUGAACAAUUAUUCGGAGGGAAUAAUGGUACUCGGAGUCGGAAAGGCUGUCAAAUAUAUUCCGGUUAUACGAGGACAUACCAGGAUGUACCUGGUCCGAGGAAUGUUAGGGGUCGCUACUAACACUUACGAUGCUAGUGGGGAUUACUCCAGAGUUUCACCGUAUAAACACGUGUCGGAAAAUGAUAUGAGAGAAGCACUGAAUGAGUGCUAUGUUGGGAAUAUUCAACAAAUUCCACCCGUCUUACCUUCUUUCAGAUUUCUGCAAAAAAGCAAGUUGUUUGAAGGGAGAUUAGUUUCUAGAGAUCCUUGUGAAGUGACGAUUAACGGUAUUGAGAUUGUUGAGUUCGAACCUCCUAGUUUUCAGCUACACAUCCACAGUGUUGGAAGGGUGUACGCGACUAGUUUAUUAAACGACCUAGGAGAAAUUCUGGACUCCGCGGCUCAUCUGACCCAUCUGUGCAGGGUGUCACAGGGAGAUUUUGGGUUCAAGGAAGCUUUGCAUUACUACGAUUGGAACGAAGAGACGGUGCAAAACAACUUGUACCUCCCAAGUAACGAUCCCGAACUCAGCAAACCACCUAAAUAAUUGUAGAGAAGUUACAGAGAAGUUACAGAGAGGGGAUUUUAAAUUCUUCGGGAGAUUUUAUGAUUGUUGUACGAAAUACAGCCCUGAAAUUAUUGUAUUCCCAUGGAGACACAUUAGUUGGGUCUAAACCAUGUUGUAUUAUGUAAUUACUAUUGUUUUGAACUUAUGUACGUUAUUUAUACGAUUGUUAAUUAUUAAUUUGCAAGUUUAUUUGUUAUAAUUUGUUCAGAUCUGUUUACAUUAUUUUAACGAGAUUAUACCAUCUUUAAUGUUAUCUUAAUGGGGUCGACAUUUUUCUGUAGGGUGUAUUGCGACUGAUUAUAUCAAUGUUAACCAAGACCUCUCGGAAUGUUGUCGAAAUAUUUUGUAAUUUCUAGCUCAGUUCUCAAAAACAUUUCUCCUUUUUUUUUGCCGUUUCAAGGUCUCACUGUUGUCCUGACCUUAAAAGUCACGGCAAACAUAAAUCAAAUUAUGAACCAGUAUACUAAAUCUGAGUUUCAGCCACUGGUAGUUUCCAAUUUAAAGAUUUUACUUAUAUUACGAGGAUUUUGAUAGUGAUAUUCGUUAUUGUUUUAAGAUUUAUUGUUGUUAAUGCUAUUCAAAUUUCAAGGACUUAAACUUUAAAA